AUGAGUGAGUUUUGGUUGUGUUUCAACUGCUGUAUUGCUGAACAGCCUCAACCUAAAAGACGACGACGGAUUGACCGAAGCAUGAUUGGGGAGCCAACAAACUUUGUUCAUACAGCUCAUGUAGGAUCAGGAGACCUGUUCAGUGGAAUGAAUUCGGUCAGCUCAAUUCAGAACCAAAUGCAGUCCAAGGGGGGAUAUGGAGGUGGCAUGUCUGCAAAUGUUCAGAUGCAGCUUGUAGAUACAAAAGCAGGAUAACCCUGGGGAAACCUUUCCAGUUUAUUUGAGUUCCUGUAUCUUCUUUCCUGUGUCCCCUCUUUGCCUUGGUGACUGCUUUUUGUGCUCAUGGCAAGAGAAGUGAUGGCUCAUUGUUUGCUCUCUGUGAUUACUGCAGUUAAAAGUUCCUGUUCUGCUCUGAUGAUGCCAUUUCUCAGAUUGGUCUGACUGUGCCUUUCAGUGGCAUACACAUGUUGGCCUCUACUGAUAUCAUGG